GUAGGCUAAGCCGGCAGCACACCGGUCAUUAUUUAAGCCACUAUCCAAGUAUAAGUUACGGAUUCGUGCCACGCGCGUAGAAUAUCUGCCUGCAGAUCGUGCUCCGAUUUCGGUUCGUAAACCGGGAGACGACGCACCUUAACGUAGCUGGCAGUCGGCACCGAGGUCUAGGACACGGGCUCGCUUUGUCUAUCUUGAACGGAGACGUGUUCGAGGAACGCUUGAGAAAUCACGAUGGCGGCAGCGGUAGAUUUCCAGAAUCAGCCACAGACAGACGGCAUGCAGGAUCAAUCAGGCAACCAACAUCCGAAUGAAUCUCAGAAUCAGGAGCACAGUCAGCAUCAGCACUCCUCGUCACAAUCGCAGCAACAGGCAACCGCCGGUAUUCCUGGCAAGGACGAUGAGCGGAAGCUCUUUAUUGGCGGCUUGUCUCGAAAUACAACCGAUAAAGAGUUGCGAGAUCACUUUGGGAAAUUUGGCGAGAUCGAGAGCAUUUCGGUGAAGGUCGAUCCUCAUACCGGUAUUUCACGCGGUUUCGCGUUCAUGGUGUUCACCAAUCCAAAGACCAUCGAUAAGCUUCUUGCAUCAGGCGAGCAUUACAUCAAUAAGCGCAAGGUUGAUCCGAAGCGUGUUAGUAAAAAACCUCAACAUGGUAAAAUCUUUGUGGGUGGUCUUACUCCCGAGAUUUCUGACGACGACAUUAAGAACUACUUCAGCCAAUAUGGUACCAUUGUCGAACUACAGGCGCCUUUCGAUAAAGUCAAAAAUCAACGUAAAGGCUUUUGCUUUAUCACGUUUGAUUCGAAAGAAGUUGUGUAUAAGUUAUUGAAGACGCCUAAGCAAACGAUUAAUGGUAAGGAGGUAGACGUAAAGAAAGUCAAGGUCAAUCCGGAUCCAAGAAAUCAGGGCUUCUGGGCGCCUGGCUACGGAUAUGGAUAUGGUGGCGGUUAUGGCUACAUCCCCGAAUACAACGGUUAUCAUAACUACGAUGACGUGUAUGCGAACUACGAUUAUGCUGGUUACGAUGGCUACGACAAUAUGGGAUAUGGUCCCAAACCGCGAGGUAAUGGUCCGGGACCGCGUCAAUUUCAGAGACAUCAACCUUAUUGAGAGAGUGUGUGUGAGAGAAAGAGAGAGAGAAAGAGAAAAUGUGUGUAUGUAUGAGAGAGAGAGAGAGAGAGAGAAAGAAAAGUACAUAACUGAGAGAUGUAUAUCUCUUGGUUAUUAAAACAUUUGAUGAUUACGAGUAGAAUCUUUUAUUAUAGGUGGGACAAUAUUUCGUCUACCAAACCGAGACUGAAUCCGGGAUUUCGGGGGGGGAAAAAAAAUUUAAAAAAGAAGGAAAACAAGAAAAAAACCAAAAAAUCAGAAAAGCUUAAUAACUCAUUGAGCAAAGAAAAAACCUCGGAUCCCCGAAUUUAGUACGUUAUGAAGGAAGCUUGCGCAAGUAAUGGUAUAACAACGGAUAUUAACAACAAGAGUAACAAUAUUAAUAUCUUCGUUUAACAAACGUUGAUCAAAAAGUCAAUCUUUCUCCAAAACCAGUGCUUCAUAAUUGAGAAUCGAAACGACCGACCGCACAUUAUAUUUUUCUUUCCAUAGUGUCUCCAAUUUUAAAUACUGAUUAACUUAAUUGGCAAUGAAUUGAACGAACUUGCUGAGCAAGAUUCCUAAAGUCGGAUCAGAUCAAGGAAACGAGUACGCUCGUUAGAGUUCAAUGACCCCAUUUUUUGACUACUCUGUACAUUGAAGAUACGUGAAGUAAUUGCAUAUAAAUGCGAUGUAAUUGUAACAGAUAUGUUGCCUCUUUAUACUAUGUUAUACUUUUUGCACUAAAAGUGAAAAAAGUAUACAAUGAGUGUAUUCCAUUUGGCGUUCAUAACCAUAGACAUAGUUUAUUUGGAAAUGCUCGCGAGCAUCAUUUCAUCUUUGUUUGAUAUUAGAAUAAACAAGGACGAAAUGAUGCUUGCGAACAUUGCAAACGCUAAAUGGAAUGUGCCCAAUGUAUGUGCAUGAUGUAUAUGAAUAUGAAAGAGAAGAAAGAGAAUGAGUGAGUUCUCUCUCGAGAGGUCAGAAAGGACAAACCUUUAGAUAGGUAGAUAUUGAUAAGAUAUCCAUUAAUUACCGUGUCCAAAAUCGUGCUUUUUAUCGUCUCGAUGAUUUUUUUUAUCGCGCAAAGGAUGCUUUAUGAUAUACAGUAUCAGAAAUAUAAAAUAGCAUGAAACAUUUUUUCUUGCGUAAAACUUUAGUAGCAAUUACAAUACUUUAACUCCACUCGAUGAACUUGUCUCUCUUUGUACGAGCAACGUUUCUAUAAAAAUGGUUCAACAGAAAUGUGUGAAGGUCUGUAGUUCCCAAUCACGUGAAAGGGCAUACAUGAAUGAAUGAAUUUGCUUUAUCAACGGUGUCAGAGUCAAACAUUUAUUUAGCACAGUGAAUAUCAAUUAAUAUGAUGCGAUUGUAUAUUAAAAAGGCGAGAAAAGUAUUGAAAUAUGAUUUGAUCUAGGAUCA